AGUAUACGGAAGUACAGAAGAGGGUGGAGUAGAAUACGUUAGCUUGAUAUUAGCAUUGUAACAGUUCGCCAGUCAGUUUCGGGAGUUGAUCUGAUACAACUUUAUAUUAAUAUUAAACAUAUUUCACACCUGACAAGAUGCUGUCAUACAUCCUGGGUCUCAUUCGUGGUGGCUUUGACAACAUCAUUGCCGUAAUCAUGAGGCUUCUGGGUUUCAAAAGAAGACCUGCCAUAACCCUGGAGGAUCCUAAUGAGAAAUAUCCCUUACGCCUCAUAGAUAAAGAGAUUAUUAGUCAUGACACCAGAAAGUUUCGCUUUGCCCUGAAGUCUCCUGAACAUGUUUUGGGACUUCCUAUUGGUCAACACAUUUACCUGUCUGCUAGAAUAGACGGUAGCUUGGUGGUGAGGCCCUACACCCCAGUGUCAAGUGAUGACGAUAAAGGAUUUGUGGACCUGGUGGUCAAGAUAUACUACAAAAAUACUCAUCCAAAGUUUCCUGAAGGUGGAAAGAUGUCUCAGUACCUGGACAACCUUCGCAUCGGUGACAUGAUUGACUUCAGAGGGCCGAGCGGACUGCUGAUUUACAAAGGACAAGGAGUGUUUGAAAUCAAACCUGAGAAGAAGUCACCUCCUGAGGUCAAGACUGCGAAAAAUCUGGGAAUGAUCGCUGGAGGGACAGGGAUCACUCCCAUGCUACAGAUCAUCCGGGCAAUAAUGAAGGAUCCAAAAGACAAGACCGUUUGUUACUUGCUUUUUGCUAAUCAGACAGAAAAAGACAUCCUGCUGCGUACAGAGCUGGAGGACAUCAAGGCUUCUUACCCAGAACGAUUCAACCUGUGGUUCACCCUGGACAAGGUUAACGAUGACUGGGAGUACAGCCAGGGGUUCAUCAGUGAGCAGAUGGUGCGGAACCACCUUCCUCCUCCCAGCGACGACACACUCAUCCUCAUGUGUGGACCUCCACCCAUGAUCCAGUUUGCCUGCAACCCCAACCUUGACAAAGUGGGCCAUUCCACCAGCAGACGCUGCUUCGUCUUCUAGGGGAAAAAAUAAACCCAAAACACCACAGUACUAAUCCUGACACCUGGUCAUAAACGGCUCAGGUGCUGGAAAAAGCUCAGCUUAAACCAUUAUCGUCAUAGUGUCUCCAAGUACACUUGUAUUUUGAUAUGCAUCCGUUAGCCUUUGCGCCCCUUUUGGGAUUGGCACUUACAUUGACUUUGUCAUACCAAUCUCUGUGUGCUGUUUUGUCAUGGCUAAGUCAUUAUUGGAACCUUUUUUUUUUAAUAUUUGCUAAAUAUGCCAAUAAUUGAAAUGCAUAAUUUGAAGAUUAAGUUUUUCACUUUGUUUUGUUAUAUUUUGAAUGUUUUUUUUUUUUGGGGAAGUGCCUUAGUACCAAGCACCUUACUGUAGAACAAAAUCUAGUACAUUGGCUUUAAUAUUUUCAAAUUAAGAUAAAUACAAAAUAUGUCAGCAUGCAUUACAAUGCCAUAGCGAAAGACCAGUUAUUAUACAUUUUAAUCGUUUAUAAGCUGCUUCUUUGCAUCAUUUAAACUGCCGAAUUGCAAUAAUCGCAAAGUGAUGCAGUAAUCCAGCUUUGUGCAAAAAUAAGCAAAAAAAGGCUGUUUCACCUGCCAUAGAGAAGUCACAUAACCGAGCACAUAUUAUUAAACGUAUUGUAUUGCCUUGACAAAUAAAGCAUUGCAUCAAGUAAUGAA